CGGUGUGAAAAAGCCCCGCGCAGCUGCCCCUCCCUCCCUGCUGUUAAACUAGAGAUCCAGAGCGGAUCAACCCACUGUCACACUGCUGCUGGAAGGAAGGAGCGACUCUCUGACCGUCUAUUCCGCAAGAUCCAUCAUGUUUCAUCCACGUCUGCUGGUUGUUUUUCUGGCUCUUCUGGCGAUGGCCGCUGCUCAGCUCCAAUGUGACCCCGUAACCCAGUAUGAGGACAGGGGUCGCUGCUGCCUCAAGUGUGAGCCAGGUACCAGCAUGAAGUCCGGCAGCUCAUGUGAGGAGCCUCAGUGCAAAGAAUGUGAGGACAACGAGUACCAGGAAAAAUACACGACUGCCACCAAAUGCGAACGCCAAGACUACUGCGACGAAAAUCGAAAUUUCAAGUGGCGUACCCUUCAGAAUAAGAAGAAGCGAAUCCCCUGCGAGUGUAAGGACGGCUUCCACUGCUCCAGCGAGCUGUGCUUGACCUGUGUGCCACAUCGGAUGUGUCCACCAGGACUCGGCGCUCGAUCCAUCGGUAACCACACUCAUGACACCGUGUGUGAAAAGUGUCCAGAGGGUCAGUUUUCCAAUGACAGCUCCUGGAGGAGUGUCUGUCAGAAAUGGACAGUUUGCGGGAACAACUUCCACGUAUCCAAAGAAGGAACAGCAGAAUCCGACGUCGAAUGCGAGCCAACUCUGAGACAUAUCUUGGCAAUCCCGAUUGUGCUGGUCGCAGUUGUGUUACUGGUGCUUGUAUUUGGAGUUUGCUGGUACAAAAGGCGACGUGAACAAGGAUCUUAUAAGAUGACGCUAGAGAAAAACAUCUGCACUGAAGAAAAAAAGGAUCUGAUUAAGGAUGUUGAGAAGGGCGAGCUGAGGAAACCGGAGGAGAACGAGCACAACCCGAGUCUGUCCGACCAAACCGGCGUCACUGCCAAUGGAAACACCGUGACUCAGGAGUGCGGGAAGUCGGAGGUCCUCCCUCGACAGGAGUCGCAGACGGACACGACCACAACUUCUCAUACUUUUGACUCGCCCCCGUUGUCGUACGAUUGCCAAGUGAGCCGAGUAUCGUCCGGGGGCGACAGUCAUACUAUCAUGUAGGGAUGUCAUUAUAUUUUUUAAACAUUGCCAUUUUUGUCUUCUAUCAAUAUCAAUAUCUUCAACGAAACCGGACAGUAAACCAUACCAUAGUAUCCAGUUGAUCAGAGAUGGGAGAAUUGUAUUCGUUUGUGGCUGAGCCAUGUUUUUUGUUUUUUGUUUUUCCUCCCACCUCACACAGAUUGCGCCCUGGGAACUUCCCCACAUCGCCCAUAGCAAAGUCCACCCCUGCAUUAAAAUGUAAACUAUCUGAAACCGUGAUGUUGUAGGAUAGGGACAGCCUUUACUGAUAUGUGAAUGUGAUUCCGUUUUGCACUUGUACAGCUUGUGUGAUUUUGCAAGCAAAACAUGGUGCCAUUUAAACACUUUUUUUUUUUCGAUGAUGGGCAUGUUUUUCUCCUUGAAAAAAGAUUUUCAGGCUGCUGCGUUACUUUCUGGGAUGAUAACAGAAAGAAAAACAUUCAGUGAAGUAGCACUGAGGGCUGCGGACAUGUCUGUUGCACUACCAAAGGUCCAAAUUGAGCACGACUUACACAAAUCUAUCAGACAUAUGGGAGCUAGUUUAGGAACCAGGAUGCCACUGAUUGUAAUCAAUAUGCAUGAAUUUAGCAUUUUUAUUCAGAUAAAAACUCAGUAAUUUGCAAUUUGAUUUGAUGUCUGGUUCAGAAAGCUUAAAAAUAGUCAAGAAAUUCGAAACAGUAAUCGCUUAAUUUGUGGAAAUUGAUGUCUUUGUUCAGUACUAUACAUCCUACUAAUGAAGUAGUUUUGUUCCUUGGUAUUUAUUACUGACUUGACAGUGUAUUAACUUUAUUAGGUACUGUAAAUAAAGCUAUGAGCAUCUUGGAC